CCAGAGGUUUCCCGGAGAGGAAGGCGCGGCUGCCUCCGGGGCCAGUGAGCCCUGGCGCCGCCGCCGCCGCGGUCCCAGUAGCGGCAUAGGGCGGCGGCUGCGCCCCGCACCAUGGAGGGCAGCCCAGCCACAGCCGCGGUAGCCGCCGACCUCCGCCGCCGCCCGCGCCGCGUCUGCCCCCUCCCGCUGCGGCUCUCUGGACGCUAUCCCCUCCUCACCUCGAAGCCAACAUGAAGGAGACCCGGGGCUACGGAGGGGGUGCCCCCUUCUGCACCCGCCUCAAUCACUCCUACACAGGCAUGUGGGCGCCCGAGCGUUCCGCCGAGGCGCGGGGCAACCUCACGCGCCCUCCAGGAUCCGGCGAGGAUUGCGGAUCGGUGUCCGUAGCCUUCCCGAUCACCAUGCUGCUCACCGGUUUCGUGGGCAACGCACUGGCCAUGCUGCUAGUGUCGCGCAGCUACCGGCGCCGGGAGAGCAAGCGCAAGAAGUCGUUCCUGCUGUGCAUCGGCUGGCUGGCGCUCACCGACCUGGUCGGGCAGCUUCUCACCACCCCGGUGGUCAUCGUCGUGUACCUGUCCAAGCAGCGUUGGGAGCAGCUCGACCCGUCGGGGCGGCUCUGCACCUUCUUCGGACUGACCAUGACUGUUUUCGGGCUCUCCUCGCUGUUCAUCGCCAGCGCCAUGGCCGUCGAGCGGGCACUGGCCAUCAGGGCGCCGCACUGGUACGCGAGCCACAUGAAGACGCGUGCCACCCGCGCUGUGCUGCUCGGCGUGUGGCUGGCCGUGCUCGCCUUCGCCCUGCUGCCGGUGCUGGGCGUGGGCCAGUACACCGUCCAGUGGCCCGGGACGUGGUGCUUCAUCAGCACCGGGCGAGGGGGCAACGGGACUAGCUCUUCGCAUAACUGGGGCAACCUUUUCUUCGCCUCUGCCUUUGCCUUCCUGGGGCUCUUGGCGCUGACAGUCACCUUUGCCUGCAACCUGGCCACCAUUAAGGCCCUGGUGUCCCGCUGCCGGGCCAAGGCCACGGCAUCUCAGUCCAGUGCCCAGUGGGGCCGCAUCACGACCGAGACGGCCAUUCAGCUCAUGGGGAUCAUGUGCGUGCUAUCAGUCUGCUGGUCUCCGCUACUGAUAAUGAUGUUGAAAAUGAUCUUCAAUCAGACAUCAGUUGAGCACUGCAAGACACAUACAGGGAAGCAGAAAGAAUGCAACUUCUUCUUAAUAGCUGUUCGCCUGGCUUCACUGAACCAGAUCUUGGAUCCUUGGGUUUACCUGCUGUUAAGAAAGAUCCUUCUUCGAAAGUUUUGCCAGAUCAGGUACCACACAAACAACUAUGCUUCCAGCUCCACCUCCUUACCCUGCCAGUGUUCCUCAACCUUGAUGUGGAGUGACCAUUUGGAAAGACAAUGAAAGAACGGAGUCGGACAUUUUAUUGCAAUUCCUGCUUCCCUGAAUUUGCGUAUUUCUUCCCACCUGACAAGGAGAAUUAUAUUUUGAUUUGGAUUAUUUCUUCAUUUUUAUCUGUUUAUUUUAAUGAUUGUUUUGUUGGUAAUAUCCAUGGAGAUCAACUUUAUUAUUAUUAUCCAUGUCUCCGAAUAUUAGAUUGGUUUCUUGAAUGGCAUUUUGAAUAUACAUUUAAGAAGUUGGGAAGAAUUUCACAGAUGAUGAUUGGAGGAAAAGUGAUGAAAAGAAAGACCUGUGUUCCACGAAUUUUCUCCAGCUUCAAACCUUUACAUGAGUCUUAACUGAAGUGGACAUCUUUACAUUUCAUGACAGCUUGAUUUUACAAUAUGAGUUUGAAAAAUCAGUAUAAGUUUACGAUGGUGAAAAGUCAACAUAUUGAGAGCAAUAAUUCAAUUAAUAGAAUAUGAACUUAAUGAGAUAUAAAAGCAAAUGAGGGCAGGAGGGAAUAGUGACAAAAAUAUUUGUGCCCAAUUAUGAUUAAUGUUUUAGAGAUGUUGUGUCCUUGUGGGCUUAGCAUGGAACUAAAAGUUUCUGAGUUUCAAUUCUGGUUGUGUGUCAUUUAGUAACUCAGGAAUCUGCUUAAUUGUUAUUUCUAAGCUUUUGACGACAAAGGAGUGAUGCAGCUAAGGGCAUCCUUGAAGUGUCAUAAAAAACAAAUUUGAGAUUGGAUGAUUAGCUGCACAGUUAGAGUGAUAAAAAAUCCAGGCAUGCCUUCUGAUUCACCAUGAUCAAGUCAGGAUUUCUUAGUAUUUCUUUGCUGGCAGCAUAUACGAAGGCAAAAUUAAUAAAUAACAUAGUUGUUGAAUAACAAAUUUUGUAACAUUUUUAUAAAACAAAAGAAUCUAUUUUGUCUGUAUUAAAAUAAAAAACUUUGUGGACUUUUAAAAGAU